GUCGGUUGACUCUGCGGGCCAAUCAGAGGCUUGGGCAGGUGUUUCUGUUGGUCCCACCUGCAAGGGGCCCGGUCCUCCAUCCAGCCUGCUCAGGGCCCAGCAUGGUGCUAGAACUCUACCUGGAUUUGCUGUCCGAGCCUUGCCGAGCCGUCUACAUCUUUGCCAAGAAGAACAACAUCCCUUUCAUGAUGAAGAACAUAGAGAUGAUGAAAGGACAACUGUUCAGCGAGGAGUUUAACAAAGUGAACUACCUAAAAAAAGUGCCAGUUCUGAAAGAUGGCGACUUCAUCCUAGAAGAGAGCAUAGCCAUCCUCCUAUAUCUGACCCGGAAGUACAACACGUCCAGUCACUGGUACCCCCCUGACAUGAAGCAACGGGGCCGUGUGGACGAGUACCUAGCCUGGCAACACACCACCAUUCGGGCCUCCGCUUCCAAAAUCUUAUGGCUUAAGGUGGUGAUCCCCCUCUUCUUAGGUCAUUCAGUGCCCCCCGAGAAGAUGCAAGACGCAGUGGAGGACCUGAACACCUCCAUCCGGAAGCUGAAUGAAAAGUUCCUGCAAGACAAGCCGUUUAUUCUUGGCACAGAGGUCUCCCUGGCCGACUUGGUGGCCGUGGUUGAGCUCAUGCAGGUGGUGGGAGCUGGCUGGGACAUCUUUGAGGAGUGGCCUAAGCUGCAGGAGUGGCGCAGGAGGAUCGAGGUCGCCGUGGGGAAGGAGCUCUUCCAGGAUGCCCACGCACGGAUCCUGAAUCCCCAGGAGCUGCGCAACAUCAGCAUUGACCCUGCCCUGAAGGUACAGAUGAAGCCCAUGCUGCUGAAGAUGCUGAAAUAAAACAACGCCCUUCUGGACUCUUCUCUGCCUCUUUCUCUCAUACGGCCAAGCCUUCUGCCCCCCCCCCCUCCUGCCAGUGUUCUCUGUAACAGGGAUUCCCAGAUGUAGUUGACUACAACUCCCAUAAUCCCCCGCUGCAAAGAUGGGGAUUAUGGGAGUUGUAGUCAACAAGAUCUGGGAAUCUUUGUCCCGGAGUCCACCCACAUUCUGGAGCGGAGUGGGGUGGGUGGGUGGGUGGGGCCGGGAUGCCUUGCAAAUGAAAUACAUCUAGCUUCUACACAAGAUCCGAAAUUCUGCAAAUUUCAGAAUAAAUCAUGCAAGGCUGCAAACCCUC